AUUACCCUUUAUAUUGAUCUUCGUGUUACCCUCCCAGUUUUUUCUGCUCUAGCAAGCGCCACAAUCGCAGUCGCAGACUCUUUCAAUCUCUUCAAGAGUUUCAAGGGUUUGCGAUCUAGCCUGUCUCGUUAAAAUGGUUCUCCAAAACGACAUCGAUUUGCUGAAUCCACCGGCCGAGCUCGAGAAAAGGAAGCACAAGCUCAAGCGUCUAGUUCAAUCCCCAAACUCGUUCUUCAUGGAUGUCAAAUGUCAAGGUUGCUUCAAUAUAACCACUGUGUUCAGUCACUCCCAAACGGUUGUGGUUUGUGGGAAUUGCCAGACGGUGUUGUGCCAGCCAACUGGUGGCAGAGCUAGGCUAACGGAGGGGUGCUCCUUCAGGAAGAAGGGAGAUUAGUGAUUUGCUGCAGUUAUGAGAGCCUUUUUGAGGGUUGGUUAUAAUUCUUGACAGAGAAAUUUUGACGUUCUUGGAUUUUGAUAAUGUCUCUAAUAUUAUGUAGUUUCUGUGUUUGGAAUUGCCGAAUGGAACUGGGUUUUCUGUGUCAAUGCGCUUGUUCUGUUCAUGUUGAGAAGAUUUUUGAGUAAAUGGCCUUUGUUUGA